GCCCCCGUCCUAUUGAAAUUGAACUGAACCCCCUAAUUCCGACCCCCAAAAAAAAAAACCCCUUAAACACUCCAUAAGCUUAAGCUAAUAGCUAGUGCUAGAGCCUAGAAGUAGCAUUUAUAGCAUAGAGAGCAUUAUAUAUAGAUAGCCCUCCUCUUCUCAUCCUCCACCAUCUCUCAUUUUUAUAACCAAAUAUUUACAACAAUAUUAUUCACAAACACCACAAAUCUCUUUUCUUUUUUUUUUGGUCGAACACAACAAAUCUCAUUCUCAUUUAUUUUCGACUAGCUAGAUAUAUAGCUCAGCACCCACAAUGAAUAAUUCUACGAGUAAUUAUAAUGGGUUGAAAGCGCACUCUUCUUAUAGGAUGAAGAUGAAGAUGACGAGGAGGCGGAGGCAAAGGCAGAGGCAGAGGCAGGUGGGUGGUCGUGGCGGCCGCAGGUCCACAGUGCAAGUGAAGGUGAAGAAGCUGCAAAUGUUGAUUCCAGGAGGGAGAGGGUUGAAGGCAGACCGGCUUUUUCUUCAAACCGCCGACUAUAUACUACAGUUGAGGUUGCAAGUUAACGUUUUGCAAGCGCUUUCCAAGAUUUACAAGCUAUGAGAUGAGGAGUCUACAGUCUACUACUUGUGAUGCCUGCAUUUCGAUCUUACCUACUUAAUUAUGUUAUAUAUAAUGGUAACAUAUUGUAUGUUU